AUGGGAUUCUGGACCAGUGUGGGGUCCCUGUGGACUUGGGGUGCAACGGGUGGCCCAGCCGGCCAGUUCUGUCUUUCCGUCACCCUCUUUGUGGUGGAGGUGGUUGCAAGCCGGGCCACCGGGUCUCUCCUCUUGCUUUCUUGCUCCUUCCACACCCUGGCAGGCACCUUGGCUUUAGGGGUUUCCUUGGCAGAUGGCUGGCUGGCCACCGAAGGCUGCCUCGGUGAGAGGAACACUUUCGGGUGGGCACGGGCACGGGUCACGGGCACCUUGGUCAGCACUGUGUUCUUGAGUGCCCUGAGCUUGAUCCUGGUCCCUGAGGCGUUCCGCAGGGUAGCUGAGCCACAAGUCACAGAGCAUGCGCUGGUGCUGAUGGGCAUCGGGGCAGUGGGAAUCCCCAUUCACCUGGCCAGGACUGAGUCACAUGAAAUGCACCGCCUGGUGCCCGGCUUGAGACCCUGCUGUAGCAGAAAAGCCACACAGACUGACAGCUCUGCCCAGGAGACGGAAGACCUUCUGGGGAAUGGAUCCUCAGCCAAGAGUUGGCUCUGGCUAGAGGAACCCGCGGACUGCAACCCUGCGUCACCUGUGGAGAAGCCUGGACCGUGGCGAGCCCUUUGCUUUGGCUGGAUGGUGCCCUGUUUGGGACCCGCGGCUGUCCUCUUGUAUUCGCUCACUCUUCACAUCCUCUGGACUCCGUGCCUGGGUCGUGCCUCCUGCAUCAGGCAAUGUGCUGGACCCCCAUGUCAGGCCUGGCCUGCCUCUGAGCCACUGCCACAUGCCCAGGUCCCUUGCUGGCUGCUCUACCUGGACCCUGGGCUCGCCGUGGCCGUGGCCGUAGCCCUGCUGCUCUUGGCGUGGCCAGCCUUACGUGGCUCCGCCCUGGUGCUCCUGCAGGCCAUUCCAGAAGACCUGGACUUGCGGCUGCUGGAGCUGCGGCUGCGCGCCACAGAAGGCGUGGCGGCCGUGCGGGAGCUCCACGUUUGGCAGCUGGACGGCCCGGGCAGUUUGGUGGCCACGGCCCAGGUAUACUGCUUCGACGCUGCCGCCUUCGAGGCAGUGAUGGAGCGGGUCCAGCGGGUGUUCUGCGAGCAUGGCAUCCAUGUGGCCACAGUGCAGCCUGAGCUGGGCGCUUGCCAGGGUGGGGAAUCCCACAGAGUGGGUGGCCGGGCCCCACACAAGAGGUACCUGGCCCCCUGCCCUAAGGUGAUGACUGAGUAUGAGACCACAGUCUGA